AUGAGGCGUAUCUUUCUGCCCUGGGCAACCUCAGCUGUCUUCCUGCUGGGACAUUUGAUGGCUUCAGAAGAAACGGAGCUGAGAGAAACAUUGCAGCUUCAAAUCAUCAACUUUAAUUUCGAAACUGUGAAGGUUACAUGGAAUGCAAGUGAAUACCCCGGGACUAAUUUGACAUUCCUCCAAAAGUUAAGCAGCAAUGAGGCAUACAGACCAUGCUCCAAGUAUACCCUUCAGCAAGGUUACACUGCCGGGUGCCUCUUGGAAGUAGAAAAAGAUGAAGUUCUAUAUUUUUCCAUCAGGAAUGGAACACACCCCCUUCUCAGCAAGAGUCUGUGGAUCAGCAGUUACCUGAAACCCAGAUCCCUGAGUGAUCUGAGCUUCCAGUGGCAUCAGGGAGCAGUGACAGUGACUUGCUCUGACCUGUGGUACAAAGGUCUCGUGUAUGAAAUCCAGCACAAGAGCACCUUUGACGCCGAGUGGCAGUCCAAGGAGGCAAAAACCUGCAAUGUCACGCUUGACAGUUUGGAUGCUGAGAAGUGUUAUUUCUUUCGGGCCAGAGUGAAAACGCUGGAGUCCAGCUACGGCUCUGACACAUACCCAAGUGACUGGUCAGAGGUGAUACGCCAGCAGAGGGGCAAGCUAACAGAUUUGUGCCAGGAAAAGAGCCUUUUCCCAAAUUUUAUUUUAAUUGCUGGCAUGGUCACCUUCCUGAUAGCCUCCCUUCUCCUUCUGCCUUUAUGGAAACUACGGAGGGUUAAGAAGGUUCUCAUGCCCAGUGUGCCGGAUCCCAGAUUCACCUUCUCUGGGCUCUUUGAGUCUCACCAAGGUAACUUCCAGGAGUGGAUCAAGGACACGCAGAACGUGGCUCAUGUGAAUAAGAUGGAAGACGGGGAGUGGGAGUCUAUCCCGGAAGAGGCCGUGGUGGUCCAGCUGGCCGAGAUGCCCAAGACAGCGGUGACGAGCCCUGUGUACCGGCAGACAGCGGAGGAAGAGGCCACCGGGGAGCCCGGCCAGCUCCCUCGCCAGCUCCCCCAGGGCGGCGAGGUGGUCUCUCUCGGGGAUGUUACGUUUGUGAUGAGUGACAACUCAUACGUGAUGUUCUGAGGGGGUGCAAACUCAAAAGCCAACAUCAAAAUCUACGUUGACAUUGUAGGACCCAGGACAGCAUCUCAGGGGCUAAAAACCGCUGUGAAGGGAACUCCCCAGAACCGAGGAUGCUGGUGUCUGGGGUCACCCAACAUCGCACCCAUCCAACCAAUGCAUCCCAUCCAUGUCGAUAUCCAAGGGCUUGAAGGCAGAUUCCCUAUAGGUGGCAGACCGUUGGUUGGGCUUGUUCUUGCUGUCACCUGGCACGUUGUCACGGUUCACUUAAAUCGUAAGGAAGGACAGCCAGUGGCCUGAGACCACCUUCCUUCGCACGUGCCCACCCAGUCCUGCCCUUUCGCCAUUACUACUCGCACCUGAGUGGUUCCUCGGAUCUUUUGCUAUGCGGCACCUGUACCCAGCAGGUGAGGCACAGCACCCCCAGGUACAAAAGGAAUUCUGCGUUACCAACAACAACCAGCCACCCAGCUCUUGAUCUAAAAGGGAAAAACCCACUUUGCAAGCAUUGAGGCAUUUUAUUAAGCAGACUGUUUUAAUUCCUGAGUCCACACUCAGGACAUCACUCCUAAGAGAUAUUUGAAGGUAAAAACCCUGCAUGAGCAUUUGAGACAUUCCCUGCUGAGUGUGCAUUAUUAUUUUUUUUUAAUAUUGAAAUAAAAAGAAAAAAAAGUGUUGGCAUGAGAACUGCGGUGAGAUGUCAACAUCUAGCUGAUACGUGUGGAGACAGUGGACAAUGUUAGUUUGAUGCCCUCAAGCUUCACGUACAGGAUGUGUCUAGAUUUCUAGAUUAUUGAGAUCUAGUUGUUUUUUUCUUUGUUUUUUUUUUUUCAGGCUGGCACUGAGUUUAUCUUGUCUCUCUCUGC